CAUUUGACAGAUUAACCUAAUUUGAUAACAAACUGCUUAAAGAGCCAAACAGGGAGUAAGACAUGACAAGCUCAGCUGGAGCACAGUUGAGAGUAUUUAAGCCAGUGAGUCUUUGGAGCUUUGACAAAAUGGGGGUAGCUCAUGGACUACAGUUUAUGACACUUAUCCACAUUCUGCUAUGCUGUGAAUCUAUUCUUCUUACGCAAAUGCAGUUUUUGAUCCAGCACACCUGGGAUAGCAAUCCUGUGAAUCAUGACCCUAUCAGGAUCAUUUUCUCUCCUGGGCAAGGAGGGCUGAAGAUAGAGUUGUUUGGUCCCUUCUUCAAUGACCCAGCAGCUCCUGCAGGGCCCCCCAGUCAGCCCUUCCCUGGACUCUGGGAUUAUGAAGUCGUGGAGUCCUUCUUCCUUGAUAGUACUACAGAAAAUUACCUAGAAGUGGAGCUUUGUCCACAUGGACAGCACCUGAUAUUAUUGCUGUCAGGAGUCGGCCAAGCAUUCCAGCAACAACUGCCCAUGGUGUUUAAUGCCACAAUCACAGGGGGCAGGUGGAUGGGUGAGGCUCUCCUCCCCUGGUCGUACUUCCCUCCCAAUAUCAACAAGAUGAACUCCUACGCCAUCCAUGGCUCAGAGGAGAAGCGUACAUAUGAGGCUCUCUAUCCCAUCCCCAAGGAGGAGAUAGUGGAAGGCCAAAAACCCAACUUCCACCGCCUUGAGUAUUUCCAAAAUUUCCGCCUGCAAAGCAUCAUGGGAGAAGGUUGGGUCCAGCCAGAGUCUGAUCUGUGGAAGGGAAAGCCCUGAGCUUUCUCUCUCUCCUGCACACACAGACACAAACACAAACACACACACCAGAGCGGCAGGGCAAUAGUACAUACACUCAUUGACAGGGAACAAAGGGCAAUCAAUCUUUAUUAGUUAAUGAUGUCAAACGAUAUGACAAGAAAUAUGUUACCAGCUUGUCAGAGCGUAUUAGCCGUCACACACAUCUGUACAAGCACACAGACACACACACACACACACACAUCACAAGGUAUUGGACUUCACCGUAAUUUGCCUCUGCAGAGUGUGACCUACAGCGGUCAUACUGUGGAUGGUGGCAAGGAAUGCUCACUUUGACAUUCAGCUCCUGUGUAGCCUGUGCAUUUCACUUCACUGAGAUAAACCACAGCAGGUUCUUGUGAUUCUUUGUCCUGACUGUUUAGAGACACACACACAACAAUCAUACACACAACACAGAAGACACAGCACUUUUGAAUUAGUGCUGUAGUGUAAUUGGAUCCUUUUGCAAUCAUUCCACUACCUUUAUUGAUUUCCUUUUACAAUUAAAUAUGUGUACAUAUUGAUUGCAUAUUGCCGGUGAAGUGUAUUGUCAGUUUUUUUUUCUCUGUAAUUGACAAAUGUUACUUUUAAUUGUUUUUCUGAUGUGUGAUCAUGUUUCAGUGCCAUGUCUAUCUAUUAAAAUAAUGGUUCAUCA